CACGCCCCACCUCUGCACAGAAUGGCCUCACCUCUUCGGGGCAAGGCCUCUGCCCCCCGGGUGGACACCAUCCGUUACAAGGAGACGUCGACGGUUCGCGUGGAGACAUCGUCCCACCGCGUGGAGACAUCCUCUCGGCAGGUGCAGUCGUCUUUCCGGCAAGUGGAGACUUCCCAGCGCCACAGCGAGGGGUCUUUGUUCUCCCCGUCUGGAAAACGACUCCCUCAGGUCCUCGAGGUGUCUUCCCAGCACGUGGAAACGUCCUCGCAGCGCACAGAAACGUCCUCCCGCCACGUCAAGGCCUCGUCCCUGCGGGUGGAGACGUGCGUGCACCGCGUGGAGAGCCCGCCCCGGCGGGACAAGCCGGCAGCCCGCCAGAACGUAAAAACCACCCGAUGAAUUGCUUCCCAAAGGCCACAGAAGGGCCACGGGCCCUCAGCCAGGAUGGAAUUGCCUCCAGUUUGCCGUCAGCCAGCAGCUCAGUGGCCCAAUCAUCUCCGGUUUCAUGGAAACAGCCCAUAAAUCAAUAUAAGAAAUAACCAAGCUGCGUUUUGGGGACUCAGCCAACAUUUGUUGACCAUGCUGCACCCUGGACCAUUUGCCUUUGACCCACUGAACAGUUUUAGCUGGAAGCCAGCACAAAAAGCUUUCAGGCCCAUGCUACUGUAUAAAUUGGGUUGACAAAGAGGCUCUGAGCAGUUGAUUUUUAUGGUACAGAUGGAAAAACUGAAGCCCAGAGAAGCCAAAAGUAACUUACCAAAAGCAGAGAUUCUUACAACCACUAUUCACUGCCUUCCAGGAUAGUUUCAUUAAAUAGUCAAAUAAAGCCAGGAAUCGAAUCCGCUCUGCAGAGGCUGUGGACAGCUUCACAGUGAUGCACUCAACCCGCUGCACCACCGGGGAGGACCUGGUCCCGUCAUCUUAAUGAAGUAUGUGAGCCCCAGGGUAAAAGCUUCUUUCUGGUCACACAGCACUUGGCAAUUAAAGUUUGGACUAGCACAUGCCAAUCACCACAUACAGUCAGCUAUACCAAGAAAUAGCAUUAAAAAAAAAAACCAGAUUGAAAGACAGUCUGUUACGUUUUUUCAAUAGGUUAACUGAAGGAUGGUGAGGAACAGGGAAUAGGUGCUUCGUAACUGUUUGUUGCAAGACCAAAGAAGAGUCUGAAGCCUCCCGCUCGUCCUUAGAAUAGAUCCUGGGAUGCCAGUCCUGAAUCACACAGAUAAGAGACCCAGAUUAAAGUCACCGUGACCUGAGCCAGCCAGCUGCCCCAUGUCUCCAGGCUGAAACCACCGUGGGCUGGCAUGCCAACGAUGUUUGCUAAGGAAAGGAACAGGGAAAUAAAAUAACUUUAA